CUUGAUGGGAAGAUAUGCGUGUUGAAGAAGAUCUUGAAGGCUCUCGGAGUUGAAGAUUCGAUGUUCGAAUUCAUCCGUAGCGAAGUAGUAGAAGAAGCUUCAAAGAGGCGGGAAGCUGGAGAAAUUGAUGGAGAGACAGCGAAAGAGAAGGAGUUUUCUGUUUUGCUCUAUGCACUGCAUUUGAAUCUGAGGUGGAAGAAGUAUCUGAUUGUAUUUGAUGAUGUGCGAGACGAGGACAAUUGGGAUGAGAAGCUCGAUGUGAAAUUCAAGGAGGGUGAGAAAUGGGGGAAGCAUCUUUCAGAUGGAUUCCCUAAAGAGUCUGGUGGGAGAGUCAUAUACACGACCAGGGAAAAGAAACUGGCACAGAAGCUAGUUGCAGAAGAACAUGAGAUACAUCGUCUUUGGCCUUUGACUGAUACUGAGAGUGUCUGGAACAUAUAUAAAGAAGCGCUGGAAGAGAAUGAAGAAGAGCCUCCAAGGAACGACAAGAAAUGCUCAGUUGAGCUGAUGAACAAGUCUCGUGGUCUUCCCUUAGCCGCUAGACAGUUGGCCACGCUUCUUCCCGUGUUUCUUUACGUUGAAAAAGCUGACCAGAAAGGUUAUACCCAUGAACCAGCCAACUCAGCCAACAACCCCACUUCAUAAGAGAAUCGACCUACUCAAUCUUAGCUGGCUUGAGAAGAUUGAAGAGCCCUUUUCCAUUAUCUUAUCAUGUUUGCUUUUGUUUUUCAUGAUUUCUUGUUUGUCUUUCAGUUGUAUCAAUAAUCAGAAUCUCCAAGUAGAGUUUUCAAAGCCACACUAUGUUUCUUGGUUUUGAUGUCUGAAAAUGUUGCACUUUUAACUGAAGAAACCAUAAGAGAUAGUUCCGUGUGUACCU